AUGUCUACAAUUCUUCACCGACCGGUAAAGGAUAUGGACCUUGGGCUCUUGGAUAUUGACACUUGCAUUGCUUUGGAGCAGCUCGCCAAUGUGAUGGCUACUGCUUACUCUAACACCGUUCAUCUUAAAAUAGAUAUGGUUAGAUACAAUGACGCCCUGGACAAAGAUGAAUCCGGUCGAAGUGAGAAACGAGAGGAGAAUCUUUUCAAUAGAUUCCUCCCUGAAGAGGAGCGUUUCUUGACAACCCCAUCCGUUGGCAUUGAUUCCAGCGGUAGAAUCAUUGCCUGGUAUUUGCCUGGAGCACUGACCGCUAUAAUAAUGUCCAGAUGGGAUGGUCACCCCCCGGUUGCAUCAAUAUAUCCCCUGCAUGGUUUCAGCAAGGAAGAGAGAAAACACGGCUUUCCAAAUCUUGACCCUGAAGAUGGCUUCUCGCCAGAGGUAUCAGUGGCACUGAAAGGUGAUGCCAGUCGUAACAUUAUGAUAUCCCUUCAAAGGUCCGGUAUCAUCAUCUCUGCUGCACUUCGAGUCAUGCACCCUGAUCUUUAUUGGGCCGGAAUGGAAAUUCAAGUCAGGCUGGGUGUAUGGGCUGCCAGAUAUGAAUUAGACGAGAUGCACUAUCAUCUUCAACGCUGGACAUCCGUCUUUAAUGUGGUAUCGAUCAUAUGCAAUCACCGGUCACCCCCUCAUAGAGAUCCCCAAAUGUCGACCAGCAGCAUUUGA